CGUGUCGGAAAUCUCGGUCGCAUGACAGUAACCCUAUCAUAAAGCACUACAGUUACAAGCAUUAAGAUUAAUGAUUCAUGGAAAGACCUUAUAUGUGAUGACCGCUGAAUGGUCAUGUUGAUGAAGACAGUGUCUAUAGACAGGGAAUCCAAGCGGAUUAUUUACGGACUGUAAUGGUCACAUCCGUUAGCCAGCUGGCUGAAGCUUGCGUUUAGAGCAGACUUGUCUCUUUAUGAACACGAACGUAUAAUACAUUAUGGUAGAUAAUAAUGUACUUAUAUAUAACAGUAGUGGCUCGUUUCACCAGUCAUAGGCACAAACACGACAAUAUUUAUACACAAAAUAGUGAUAACGAGAUUCACUUGAGGAUUUAUCGAUUCUUGUCUGGGAUGCUUACGACCAAAUAAUAUGUACAAUUCAAACAUUCUGCUGAAGGGAUGGCUGUUUUGGACACUGUAUCGGCACUGGAUAGACAGAAAAUGAUGCUCUUUUUUUGUGUUACAGACAUGAUGUGUGUGAUGAUGGAGUAUAUAACCAGCCCGGCAGAUACGUGACAUCAGUGUAUAGUUCCGUUUAGACAGCGUCAUUUCUGGUCUUACCGCUGUCUUCAGAAGAUGGACCGAAAAAAGAGUAUAUCUGUCGAGAAAGAUACUACCUCUUGUGUGAUGUGUGGCAAAUUGGAUCUUCUGCCUCCACUUCCAGCUAAAACUCUUAAGGUGUACAUUUGCUGCAACAAAUCGGAAUUCGAGCUUGAACGGUCGCGGUUGUGGAAUGACGCUGUCCCCUACCUCCAGAAAUUUUGUGUUCGGCAUGGCCUCGAUCUUAUUUGGGCUGAUGUUCAACACGGGAGAAGGACAGAUCACGUGAUGGACUCGUAUGGCUUCUUCAGACACCUGUCAGAAAUAGAGUCCACCUAUAAAGCAUCUAUUGGGCCGUUUUUUCUGUGUCUAUUCGGAAACACAUAUGGAGAUGCUCCUUUGCCGCUCGCUCUGACACCCAAAGAAUUCCAGUAUUUGAGAAAAUAUGCCGUGGACGAAGGAAAAGAUGUCAGCGUGCUUGACAAAUGGUACAUUCUGGAUGAAAAUGCUGUGCCACCUCAAUACUACCUUCAGUCUUUUACUGAUCCAUUUCAAAGCAGGCUUGCCAAGCGGAGUGAUAUUGUCGGGGCAGAGACGGAGAAAGACGACAUCUACAGGAUCCUGCUGGAUAUCUUCACCACGGCUGUCAAGUAUGGCUUGUCGAAAUCCUCUAAACAACAGGAUAUAGCUAAAACCCUGCAGAGACAUCUAAUAUCAGGAAUAGAACAACAGAUACAGAAGGCCAUACACCUAUCGCCAGAGGACUGUAUAUUCAUCGAGAGGACGAUAGAAAAUUCUUCCGAAGCAGAGAAUAAGGCCCAUCCUAUCUUUGGUGCUAAGGAAUCCAAUGAAAGACGUCAGCGGUACGAGGAAUUACAGAACCAGAUCAAUGCAGCUGUACCGUCUGCUAACAGGUUCGAAUUUCUCAUCAAGUUUAGAGAGGAAGGCAUUACUCCCCAAAACUGCCAGGACCAUGCCGAGUACAUGGACAACUUUGCUGGUGCUGUAGCAACAAGAAUUAAGGAACUAGCUGAAAGCUAUAUAAACAAAAACACCCAAUGUCUAAAAACCAGUGACCAAAUGUUUUACAACGAAACAUUGCUGCAUUUGCACCACUGCAAGGCUUUGAACUUGUCGCUUUGCGAUGCAGCUGUGGAGCACCAACUUGUAAACGUACAAAAACUGCUGACAUUUGGGGCGAAGAAUGAACAUUACGCCAUCAUGAUCAAAGGACCUGUGAACUCAGGCAAGUCUAUGUUUAUAUCAAAGUUAUGUCAUAAAGCAAGAGAAAUGUUUGGGAAGGACACAGUUUUAAUUACUAGGUUUGUUGGACUAACAACUGCUUCAACUUGCUGUGAAAAUAUUUUAAGAGCAAUUUGUAGUCAUUUGAAUCAAAUUUUACAGCAGAAUUUAUCGUUGAAAUCCUACAACAUGAGCAAGCUCAGAAACUAUUUCCAUGGUCUACUGAAUAGAAUUUCUAAGGGAAAACGCCAUAUAGUAUUAGCAGUGGACAGUAUAGACAAGAUGAAGGUGCCGAAGUCAGAGACGGAUCCUUUAGUCAUGCUUGACUGGAUUGUAAGUAAGCUUCCUGCAAAAGUUCACUUUUUUGUUAGUUACGAUUCCUGUCCGCUAAGUCCAGCUACGCAGCGUCUCGAGGACAAAGCACCUGCAAGCGACCACGUCAUCGUAUUUUCGGACUGUACGGAGGACGAAAUCAAAUCAACAAUCCAAUUCAAUCUGAAGUCAAAAAUGAGGAGUUUGUCAAAGGAGCAAGAACACUUUUUCCGUGACUUGCUGCCUUUAAACCGCACCCCAAUGGUGACUAACCUGUUACUCGAAACAGCAGUGAGAAUGCCUUCCCAUUACAUGCCCGGGGGUUUGACCUCUUCCAUAUCGAUAGAUGAUUUGGUACUGAAGCGGCUAACGAGACUGGAACAAACCCUUGGCGUCAAGCUUAUCCGCGCUGUAUGUAGGUACAUAACACUCGCCAAGGAUGGACUGAGCGAGAUGGAGAUCUUGGAUGUUCUGUCAUGUAACAAUGAUGUGCUGCUCGCUACAAUCCCUACAGAUCUUCCAAAGAAUCUGCGAUUUCCAUUUUACAAGUGGCUACAUGUCAAAGAAGAAUUAGGGAGUCUGCUUUGCACACGCCUGAUACAUGGGAAGUAUUUACUCCGCUGGGCACACCCGAAUAUACAGGAAAUCAUGAGAAAGAAGUACCUGUGUCAGGUAGAUAACAUAUGUAAGGCCCAGGUUGAACUAGCCGAUAUCUUUAUGGACACGUGGGUGCGAGGGAAACCCCUCGUGGACAAGGAGCGAGGAGUGCAGAUGAUUGACGGAGCGUCCCGCUACGUGUGUCCACAGCCUCUCCUUUACAAUGAACACCAAUACAACCAGCGCAGGAUAGACAUGCUUUGGAUACAAUUAUUGCAGUCAGGUAGUAUCCCAAUGCUGAAGGAAAAAACAUUUUGUAACUUCGAGUACAUGUUAGCUAUGGCGCACUCUAAGUCUGCAGACACGUUACUUGACAACCUUCGAUUGACCACAUCUAACCUACUGGAUGCAGAUAUCCUCAUGGUUUCGAACACGCUGAAUAUGUCUCGAGUGAUAUUGUCAGAAGACUAUCUCCAGUUAGCUAAUGAGCUGAUCGGACGCGUCCGACACAUCACAGAGCAAUAUCCAGAUUACCUCGAACCGUUGGUUACCCAAUGUAUGCAGUGGUGCGACGCUUACAGUCAGCCUCUUCUAAUCCCCUUGACUACAUGGCUACCCAGUCCCUUCGUACCGCUAGCAACCACAAUACCGGACGUUUGGGGUUGCAGGGUCCUCACCACAGUCUUUAGCAGCCAGCACGUGAUAUGCACAGUCCGGCAGAAGGAUAUUGCGCUAUACCACGUAUCAACAGGAAAGAUUGUAAAGGCCUUUACCGGUCACAAAGGCAGUGUGAAGUGCAUUCAUGUGUGUCGUGGGGGACGGGACUUUGUGAGCGGUGAUGAUGAAGGCGUUGUUAGGGUUUGGGAUACCAACGCUGGUCAGUGUACGGCCGUCAUCAGAGAGCAUACCGGUGACGUGAACACAGUUAUAGUCGCUGCCAAUUACGAUUAUGUGAUCAGUGGAUCAGACGAUACCACCGUCCUCAUCUGUAGUUAUGCGGGAAAGAAGAUUUGUGUCUUAAAGUCACAUAUUAAAGGCGUGACAAGUGUUCGUCUCAAUAGCUCGAACAGCAUUCUCGCUUCAGCAUCCAGAGAUAAAUCCAUUGUCUUGUGGAGCCUAGAGGAUCUAGUAAAGCUCGGAAGCAUCACAGAUGGUAUAACAUCACCCAUAACCUGCAUGGAGCUCACAUGUGAUAACACCUUUCUCGUUGUAGGCUGUGAAGACAAUUCCCUGCAUGUGCUUUCAUUCAUCACCGGUUCAUGGAUACAUCAGCUCAGAGGACACGAAGUGGGCGUGACGUGUAUUGACGUGUCUAACGACUGUUUCCAUGUGGUGGUAGGGUGUUUGGACGGAAACGUAUACCUAUAUAACUUACGCACAACUGACCUACUACAGACACUAAAAGGCAGUUCCUGUGACCCUGUCCGGGACGUUUGUAUUUCCAGGGACGACUUCUUCAUCUUCAGUGCAACAGAGACAAAGAUCAACGUGUGGAACUUCUACAAAAAGACCAUGAAUAAAGCGACUGAGAACGACCAUAGCGGUAGUGUAACGUGUGUCUACAUGGACGACCAGAGUCGGUUCGCGCUGUCAGGAGGAGAGGAUGGUGUCUUAAAAAUGUGGAAUUUGGAAUUAAACGAAUUCAAGGAGAAUCUGCUUGGACAUUCUGCUGGUAUCACAUGCAUCGCUGUAUCCCCAGAUGGUUCCUGCUGUGUGACCGGCUCUAGGGACAGGACCCUCCUUCUCUGGAGCCUCGAGCUUCUCACCUGGGCUCUGUCAUACAAGCACCAUGAGCUCAUGAUUCAGAAUGUCGAAUACGUUGACGACGAACGAAUCUUGUCCUACGAUGUCCAAGGCAACUUCCAUAUAUGGCAAGCGGAGACAGGGGUCACUCUGACGACAUACAAUAUCCCUGCUGCCACCUUUGUCUUGUCCAGUGACGGCCAGUACCUUGUCACGUCCCGAGGCGACCAAAGCGGAAAGAUUUGGAGGACAAAUGAUGGCACUAUGAUUGGUUGUGUCAGCCACACAGAGAGGAUCACGUGCGUCGCUCGCUCUGUGGAUGACCAAUAUCUGGUGACUGCUUCAGUUGACGGUUCUCUUAAAGUUUGGGAACUUGCAACUGCAAAACUUACACAGGUGCUGGUGGAAGAAGAUUGCCCCGUCACGGCGGUUGCCCUACAUACAGAAGUGGUGUCGGGAUCUGAGCGUGGUACGGUACUGGUGUGGGAUCUUUCUAUAGGAGAGCCUCGUCACCGUCUUACAGGUCACACUGACUGUAUCACAACAAUUCGUAUCACCAGCGACGGGCUAUUUGCUAUCUCAGCAUCUCGUGAUCACACGAUCAGGCUAUGGAGUAUUCGACACGGAAUUCAGGUGACGUUAUUGUCGAUGCACAUUCCGGUGCUGAACUUCAUGACGACGGCUGAUGCUAAAAGGAUUAUAGUACAUCUUGAAAAUGAUCACCACGUUCCUCUAUUGUGUCUCCAUAACAGUCCGGUCGACCCGGAGUCAAAUAGCGAGUGGGCACCAUCCAUCGCAGAUGCCCUUGUAGUUUUGCCUCUAGUUCCGAGACAUACAUUUCCACAUCGAAAUUCUGGGAUGUUUCCUGUGCCAAAAUUGCCAGUGAAGAGGAAGCGAAGCUCGGUAUCAAGCUUACCGCAAAUGAUCAAACUGUCUCCUAUCAAAGGACCACCGAAGUCAACACCAAAAUCAUACAGAACAAGGUUUAGAAUUCCAAAAAUCCACAGACGAGAGCAAAAUGCGGACUCAAAAAUGUCGAAAAUGUGUGUUAUUGUGUGACUGAUGUCAAAAGUGUUAAAUAUUUCUUUUCAUUUACCUUGUAAGGACUACAUUGAUGCGACUAAAGCUGACACAAUCAUCAUAUUCUGAAUGCUGUGUUGAAACAUGUAAAUAAUCGCUCACUUGGUCAAUACUGUGGGUUACUGGUAGGUCAAUCCACAUUUCCGACACUCGGUUGAACUAUAAUUAAUACUCGCAUUUCACCAUCCGCUCUGUGAACACAUUUUGAAGUCGGAAACUUCAGCUAACAUUUACACCCAACUUGCUGUAGCGAACACUGCAGAAGAAACGGAUGUUUCAUUGACCAACACUGAAUCAAAAACUAUGUGUUUUUUUCAACGUUUUAUGUCCGUAUUACGGUAUAAUUUAAGCGGUACAAUUCCAGACUAGAGGGUAUGGUAAAUUUAGCUGUCUGUAUAAACAUUUGUGCGCAUCAAAACAAAGUCAUGUGAUAUGAAGGAUAGGAGCAUGUAUUAUGGUAUUAACGGAGAUAAUACCAAUAUCGCUUGCUGUGACGAUAAUCAAUAUUAUCUUCGCAAUUAUGUUACAAUGUAUUAAUUAUUACUUAUUUGUACUUUUUAUGUGCCGGUAGAUUUAUUGCUAAGAAAUGUUAAAGCUCUUUAAGGAAAAUGGUUGUGCGUUAAAAAUGGAUAUAAUGCUUAUAAAUACAGCUGUUUUGUAGAUAUUUAGUAUAACGAUACCCACAUAUAUAUAUAUGUAUUUUAUUUUUGACAAAACAAUAAGUUAUUUGUACCCACUAUAUCAUUGUUAAAUGUAAUAAAUAAAACAUGUGAUAGUGAAAUGA